AUGGAGAAAAAGAGGUGCGGAGUAAUUGGAAUGAAGGGGUUUGGAUAUGGAGGGUUGCGGAUUAGUAGUUUCCUGCCGUCGGUGUCGACUGCAGCGCGCAACUUGUGCUUUGAGCCGGGAAAGGGAGAGGUGAGGACGGGGAAAGAAGGCAGUUGGCGGACUGUUGAGAGCAAAGUGUCAGCUGGAACGUUGAACCCCAACGCUUCCUCGGCGCUAGCUUACAAAAGGCCUAGCGAAAGGGCCAUCCAUGACAGUUUCGCGCGUGUCCUGGCCCCUCAAUUGGCUCGACACACCCUGCACGCCUUCGACGACAAGCCCUGGCCCACUGCAAUGACAGCUGCGGAGGCAAUCGAUUUUGGAGAGACAACCCUGCAACGCCGCGACUCCCCUCACGAUCCCGCGUCGCUCACGAUAAGCAAGCUCGAAAACAUCGGCAACUCUUUGCCUUGUCGUCGUGGAUCUGACGGCGUUGAAAGUGGAUUGCUGCCCCUCUUCUCCGAUACACCCCUGCGGCGUUCGUUAGCAUGA